GAAAGAGGCCCAGCACAGAAGGAGGAAGGAGAGCACAGCUGACAGCUGUGCUAGGAAAGAUUCUGGAUCCCAGGCUCAUCUCCACACAGGAGAACACACAGGCAGCACAGGCCAUGGGGCCCCUCUCAGCCCCUCGCUGCACACUGCAUAUCACCUGGAAGGAGCUCCUGCUUACAGCAUCACUUUUAAUCUUCUGGAACCCACCCACCACUGCUCAAGUCACAAUUGAAGCCCAGCCAGCCAAAGUUUCUGAGGGGAAGGAUGUUCUUCUACUUGUCCAGAAUUUGCCCCAGAAUCUUAUUGCCUACAUCUGGUACAAAGGGCAAAAAACGGACUUCCACCAUUACAUUACAUCAUAUGUAAUAGAUGCUGAAACAAUUAUAGUUGGGCCUGCAUACAGUGGACGAGAAACAGUAUAUUCCAAUGCAUCCCUGCUGAUCCAGAAUGUCACCAAGAAUGACACAGGAUCCUACACCAUUCAAAUGAUAAAGCAAGGUGAUAAGACUAAAGGAGUAAUUGGACAUUUCACCUUAUACCUGGAGACUCCCAAGCCCUACAUCUCCAGCAGCAACUUAAACCCCAGAGAGGCCGUGGAGACUGUGAUCUUAUCCUGUGAUCCUGACACUCAGGAUGUAAGCUACCUGUGGUGGAUAAACGGUCAGAGCCUCCCUAUCAGUCGCAAGUGGCAGCUGUCUGGAAACAACAGGACCCUCGUUCUAUUUGGUGUCACAAAGGAUACUGCAGGACCCUAUGAAUGUGAAAUGAAGAACCCAGUGAGUUCCAGCCGCAGUGACCCAGUCACCCUGAAUCUCCUCUAUGGUCCAGACUUCCCCAGGAUUUUCCCUUCAUUCACGGAUUACCGUUCAGGAGAUAACCUCUACUUGUCCUGCCUCGCGAACUCUAACCCACCGGCAGAGUAUUCUUGGACGAUUAAUGGGAAGUUUGUGCAAUCAGGACAAGAGCUCUUUAUCCCCCAAAUUAGUACAAAGCAUAACGGGAUCUAUGGUUGCUCUGCUCGUAACUCAGCCACUGGCAGGGAAUGUUCCACAUUCAAGAUGGUCAUAGUCUCUGCUCCUUUAGGAAGAGGAUAUCAAUCUUGGGUUAUUCCGAAACAACAACCAUGAUGUCAUUUCUGUAUUUCAGGAAGACUGGCAGGUAUGAUGUCCUUUUCUCUUGUCCUGUUUCCUGCAGGGCUGACUGCCAUGCUUGGGAAAGGGAAAAUACUUAUUUGCCUGUAUCUGGGACUGGAUCUCCUCCUUCCUCCACCAAACUCCUGUUUCUCAGCACUAAUUCCUGCAGUUCCCUUUCUCCCUGACCUUUAUGCUCCCUGUACCCCACUAUCUUUUAGACAUAAUUAUC